GUCGGCGACGACAGCGACGGCGACGGCGACGGCGAUAGACGCGCUGCUCGAUCUCUCCAACGUUCAUCACCAUCAUCUUUGGCUUUUUCACCCUUGACUUUUUCGCACGCACAUACCUUCCUUUCUUUACCGACCUUCGCGACCGACCGACAAAAAGGACGCUCGCCGCGAGCGACGACGCCGGCGUUCGGAGCUUCAUCUGACAAGCACCUGCGCGAUCGACAGUCGCAGGGCAUACAUACGGAGCGCACACCGUGAUAGUCAAGGGGCCUAUCACCGCGACCUUCCGACCGCAAAUGGCUCCUUUCUUCAGCCGUUCACGCACCACGUCCCAGGCCGCCCGCGCCGACACACCCUCCCUCGUCCUCGACGACGCCCCGCUCCCACCUCCCCCACCCGACCCGCACGCGUUCCUCCCGCUGCACAUUGCGCCCCCGCCGCGAUCCUCAUCCGCGUCCGUCUCCGUCGCCGCCUUCCCCCCGUCCCCCAGCGGUGGCGCCAUCACCGGCCCCAGCAUCCCGCCCCCGCAGUACGGCUACCUCUCCUAUCGCCCGGGCACGACGCUUGGCCUCGCGCAGGCUGCCGCGCUCGCCGACGUCCUCUGCGCCGAGCUCACCGCGCGCGGCGCGCCCUCGACGCCCUUCAUCUUCUCCGCGCUCGCGCUCGACGUCUCGCGCGCCAAGAUCAAUCGGCUCAUCGACGCGUUCCUCGGGACGUGCGUGAUCGGCAUCGGGAAGGAGAAGGAGGAGCGGGAGAAGCGCUGGCGCGAGGAGGUGCGGUUCGGUGCCGGCGUGCACGAGAUGGGAUUCGUGUUGCGAUGGGGCAUGGCGCGCGUGCGCAGGGCGAACGGAGAAAGAGGGCUGCUGAGCCUGUCGUACUACGACGAGUGGGCGAGGAACGAGGAAGCCCAGCACUACCCGCCUACCCACAUUCACGCUCUUCUGCGUCCUCUACCUCCCGCCCUUCGCUCUCUCCUUCAUGCCCUCCUUACCCUCCUCUCCCGCGUUGUCGCUCACUCUGCCAAGUCUGGGCAUACUCCACCGAGUUUGGCACCGCUCUUCGGACCGUUGGUGUUCGGACUCGGAAAGGAGGGCGCUGGCUUUAGCGGAGUCUACGAGAGAUACCUCGCCUCGACUACAGCCAUGGAACACCUCUUGCUCGCCUUCUUCCGCGCGCAAGACGCGGAGACGGUCGGUGGCGCGCCGACACGAUUGCGCGAAUGGAUCGCGGGAUACCCGGGUGCGCUGGGGAGGGCGAGGAGAGAGGCCCCCACCCGCCCCGGCGCCCUCGAAGCGCGCAAGGGCGCGCGAGUCGUGCGCCUCAUGAGCGUGCGGCGCAACGUCCGAACCUAUGAGACUGACCUCAUCAAGAAUGGAAGCCUAUGGGGCUACUCAGCUCCCAACCACCCACCGACCGCCCUCGCAGCGACCCGCGAGUGGGAACGCAUGACCGUGGGCGGCCGCGAACCCCGGUACAGCGACAACUUCAAGAAGCGUCUGGACCUUCCGACGGGCGCGGUGCCGGCGACGCCCCCUGCGGCGGGGAAUGGGGUGAAGGAGUACGGCGUGUCGAGCUACCUCUCCCCAACGGGCACCACGUCGCCGUACGGGGACUACUUGGGCGGCGCGCCCCUGUCGAGCACGCCCUCAUUGACGACGAGCGAGGGGCAUGAUGAUAAGUUCAAGUCCCUUACGGAUCUCAAGUGGGGCGAGUUCGAGGCGCUCGGCUUCGACGAGCAGGGCGUGCAGGACAAACUGAAGUUCGACCUGGGCGAGAGCGCGAGGAGUGCUCGCAAAGUUAAGCGCGGCACGAUCUCAUGGAACGACUUCAGCUCGGAUGGGUUCUUGAGAGGAGACGACGGUCUCGACGAGGGUCUUCGAUUCACUCUCGACAAUCCUUUGGGCGUCGGCGCGUCCGCACAUCCUCUGAACGAGAAAGAGAUCAAGGAGCGGCACGCCGAGCUCACGAAGAAGCUCAAGAAGAGGGAGAAGUCUCUUCCCGCGUUUGGCUGGGAUACGGCACCCGUCCUUGGUCCGGACGUCUUGAUUGAGGAAUCCUUCCUCGAUGUGUACUGCGACCUGCUGUGCGGUGGUUGGCAGACACCUUCCGAACCUUCCGUGCCGCCCCAUCCUGCCGAUGGGCACCCACCAGGGACACCCGAUCGUCAUCGUCGAAGACCGUCUAUGGGAGGACUCUCAGAGGCCGACCUUGCACGUGAGUGCAACUGGGCAAUGGUCGAGUAUAAGUCAUUGCAAGCGUCUUCUUCAUCGAUAGCCGGUCGGGGUCCAUCUCCCCUCCCCGCCUCCUCAUCCAACUCGAAUGACCCCCGCCAAGGCAGCACCCUCAUCCUCUUCGAGGAGUUCGUCCCCCACGAAUAUCGACAACAACUCGCUCUUAUGCUCGGCGGUCACAACCAACGGAAGCGCUUGCCCUCACUGUUCAGCUCUUCGCCUGCGUCAUCACCCAGCAAAUCCCCAAGCAAGUCCUCUCCGUCGACGCCAGUCAAGACAUCCAACAAGACGCCCUUCGCGGCCACCAUGCCCUCGAAAGGUCGCAAGGGCGGCGGCAAGUGGAAGCAAGCAGCGACGCUCAACGGCAAGCCAUACAACGUCGGCGACGUCCCCGAACUCACGCGCGCUCCGAGCUCGGCGACAUCGCAGAAGGAACACGAGUUCGAGGGUAUGCUGCGCGGCGACCGCGUCAGCGAGACGAAGGUCAUCCGCCUUACGCCAGUGGACGACGGGGAGCGUACGGAGUCUGGCGAAGGUACGACCGAGUUCGGUGUCGCGCGUGCACAGUCGCGGGGGAAAGACGACGCGAAGGAUGCGAGUCGCAAGUCUCGCUUUCGACUGACUACUGUCGGACAGCCCCUCUCGCCGGCGGAGUACAACCCGGUCGAGUUUGAGACGCAAGUGAUCGAGGAGGGCGACGAUGGGGAGCCGUCGGGCAAGGGGAAGAAGCACAAGGACGACGACGCGUGGGUCGACAUUCUCAUCGCGGGGCAGAACCGAAUGCCGGGGCAAGACGCGGAAGCACGACCGCGGGCAGGUGGCGCGCGCGCGAACACGUACGACCCGGACCUGGCGAGUCGCGAGGUGCAGGAAGUGCUGCGCGGCGUCCACCGGGACAGCGUCGACGUCGACAACUUCUACGGCCAAGAUCCACACGCGAGCGUGGACGCCGUCGACGAGAUCGAGACCAUCCCGCAUCGCGAAGACCGUCCUCGCGCACAGGAGCCGGAGAGUCAAGCGUACACCGACAUCGACUACGCGGAGAGCGAAGCAGACCGCGACGCGGCGUCGGAAUUGCAGGACGGGCAGUCCGGCUACGGCGGCGACGACGAUAUCGACGACGAUGACGAGUCCAUUCGCUCUCCAGCACUUGACGCGAUCCAGCAGAAGAAGCGCCAACUCUCCUACUUCGAUCUCCACCCCGAGCGACGACCAGUAUCUCAAGACGCCGCGCCACGCCCAUCAAUCGAGAGCGGGCCCACCGAUGAGAGCGCUAUGCUCGACUCGACCGUUCCCGAUUCGGACACGGAAGAGGGCGCGGGACUGCGGCCGGUUAAGGCGGGGAGUUACGUGAACGACUUCGACGACGACGAGCCGCGGCAGAAGACCCCGCCCGCGCAUACAAACGGUGCCGGCGCGGGCGCUGGUGCCGCGAAGAGCAAGACCGCGAGUCUCAUCGAGAUGUAUCGGGAGCGCGAGCGUGCGGGGCAGGCGUCGCCGUCGAAGAUUCCCGUCCGCGGGCCGGUACCUCUCGCCGUCGGGACUGCGCCACCGAUGAACGCGACUGGCUUGGCGGCUCGUCCGGACGUACCGCCGCUAGACAUCCUGGACCCACCUCCCCCACUGCUCGAGCCGGGGCGCGAGAGCCCGGGGCGUUACGUCCACGGUGCGCCGCUGCAUAACGUCCUGGAGGAGCCGGAGGAGGAAGAGUAAGCGUUCAGUCCAUGUCUCGCCCCGUCUGCCACCUUAACAAUCCAAUGUUAUUAUACAUCCUGCCCUUGUCCUUCGUCUUGGAUACGCGUCCCUGUCCGUCAUAUACGCCACUCUUUUAUCAUUAUGUUGACCGCCGUCCUCGCUUCAUAUGCUGGCUUUCUCUCUCGCGUAGGCUACUACUUACUAACCAUGUGCAUUCUGAUACCCUUCUUUUCUGCAUAUCAUUCGUACCCGUACCGAGUUCUUUCGUGCCGUGCUGCUCUGCUGCGCGGACGCUCGCCAGUAGACACCGUUCUUAUCCAGUGUUUCCGGGCCCGCUGCUUAUGUCGGGAUGUCGAUGCGUAGUUUUAU